CCAUGGUGGAGUGCUCCCCGGACGUGCAAAGUGCCCACGGAAAGUGAAGUCUUUGGACGAGUGUCGACUCCCCAACUCCCAAGUGCUCGGAAGCAGUCAGCGGGCGGAGACAAUUCGCAAAGGGUCUACAUUCCGUCUGAAUUAACACAUUCCAGGUCGCCUACCUCAGCCCAUACCAACCAUGACCGACUACUUCGAUGAACAUGCUCCCGACGCCGACCCAAUGGAACAGGAGUUACAGAAUCUACGACGACUACGUGUUUUAGCCGCCCUAAAUGGGCUCGAAGUUGAUUUGGAUGCUCCAUCUGCCUCGAAAGCGGCCAUCGAGAAACUUCCUGUACAUGUAAUCACCAAGGAUGAACAGGUGGAGUGCCCUAUCUGCAAAAUGGAAGGCGAGGAGGGAGAAUCCUACAAGGUUUUACCGUGCAAGCAUGAAUUUCAUGAUGCAUGCGUUAAAAUUUGGUUGAGCAAGACAAACUCCUGUCCGAUGUGUCGCUUCGAAUUGGAAACAGAUGACCCAGAGUACGAGGAACUUCGACGCUACAGAGCUGAAGAGAGGCAAAGACAAGAACGCGUUGACCAACUUCUUGACUCCAUGUUUACGUAAAUCAUAGAAUACAGAAUAUGGAAUUAUUCGAUUUUCUUUAACCUGAUACUACCUGAGGAGAUGGAAUUUAUUCAAACGGUUAUUUUAUGACAUUUUAUUUUUUUAUAAACAUUUGGUUGGAAUAAAAAUUGGUAGAUAGAAAAAAAAA